AUGGAGUAUCCAAAUCCACCUCCUCCGGUGACUUCGAAUUACCAAGGCGAGCCUGAGAAAAUCGCACAAGCUACGGAUAUGAUGAUCAAAAGAGUGACGGACGCCAAGAAAAUCAUCGAAGAGCUCCUACAAAUGCUCGAUUUGCAAGAAAAGUGCCCGUGGCCGCUGAUGCUCGAAAAGUUUUCCACGUUGGCAUCCUUCAUGUCGAGCUUACAGUCAUCGGUCCGAAAAAGUGGAAUGCCUCACGGCCACGAAGAUUAUGGGCAAUUCCUGAGAUCUCAUGUACUUGUGACACAGAGAUUGCAAUACGAACCAGAUGAAACACUUCAAAGAGCUACUCAAGGACGUGUGAUGUCAUGGAAUCACGCUCUAGUUCCAGAAUAUUUGAGAACAAAACCGAAUCCAGAAAUGGAAAACGAAGAAGGAAUGCUUGACGGCGAGAGAAGUGCGAAGAGUGCGGAUCUGGUGGUCAGACAAAUUGCCGCGUACAACAAAAAUAUCGAAGGAUUGAUUAAUCAUUUGAACAGUGUUGAUAGGAUGCACACGGAAGCUGCCAUUGAAAAACCAACAUACAACCGAGACGAGACGGCGAAAAUCGUAAAAUCAAUAUUAACUGGAGAAGGAAUCCGAUCUCAACGAACAAUGGCUCCAGCUCCUCCAUCAUCAGCCCCAAUGACGACUGCACCAAGUUCAACAGGACCAUCGUCUUCCCAGCCGAUCAGUGGAAAUCAGCCAGAAUAUCAAGGAUCACAGCUUCGACAGCAACUCAGUGGAGGUCAACCACAGACAUCACAGGCUCAUUUGCCAAUGUAUUCACAUCAUCAACAACCACAAUACUCACAUCAACAACCCAUGAAUCCACAACAUCAUUCACCAAUGAAAUUUCAGCAAUGAUGGCGCCUGGGCAAAUGAUAGGACAUCCGAUACAACAACAACGUCCACCGAUGCAUCAGAUGCCUCCAAAUAUGACUAUUCAACGACAAUGAUCUCUUAUUUUUAUUUUAAAUUUUUAUCUUGUAUUUUUCUAAUUUUAUUGAAAAAUUUGUGAUUAAAAAGAAGAACAAAACUAGUCUUUGAAU